AUGCCUAUCAAUACACGAAGCCGUAGAUCUACUCCGCCUGGAGCAAUCAACCUCCGUGGAGCCAAACGGCAGACUCAAACUUCAAAUCAAACUCAAGUCAACGACCAAUCAUCCAAUCAGCACGACAGUCGAUCUGCUGAAGAACUCAAAUUAGAUGAAAUCGAUGUACACACCUAUGGACUUCAGAAGAAAUUCUGGCCGUUGCAGCGAAUUGACAAGCAACUGAAGGCGCAGACCACUGAUAACCGCUCUCAACCCAAUCCGCUCAUCCUGGCCGAAGCACAAGCACUCCACGAAGCGUUCCAACACUCUCUACACAUGCUUGCAAUGAUUGGCAAAGUUCACCUCGACACCCUGAAAUCCCAUCUCGGAAUCUCAGGUGCAAUGCCCCCACGGGGUGAUCCUAACGCUAGUGCAAUUCUGAGCGCGCGAAACAAAGCCAAUCGUGUUACGUACAACCGGUUGAAGGACGACGAGCAUGCAGUAUUCACUUCACGCAUUUUUCACGCCUUGGGAGGCUAUCCGGACUAUUCAGCAAUCGUAGUAGAAGACGUUGAGACCGUCGGGGACUGUGAAGUUCUGAUCCCCGAGGUUCCUAAGCUUUCACCUGAAGAAGACGCCCUGUAUCGUCCUCUAUAUGAAAAGCUAGUCGAUCCGGCAAAGGUAGCAAAAGAUCGUAAACGAUUUGAGGUUCCUUCAGCUGAGAAGAAAGAAAAGCUUUCCCUUCGAACGUUCAAGAAGAGGCUUCAACAGCUCCACCAUGACGCUAUCCUUGCCGACUUUGACUAUUACACAAUCGGCUGUAGCAAGACCUUGGGGACCGGUUGGUGUCACGAAUUCACAUCUUUACCCGAGAUCAGCGCCUGGAUGGACGAGAAGAUCAAGUUUCAGACAAUCUUUCCAAUCUACUCCCAAGCCAGACCCGAGAUCAACGAAAUCGAUGCGACUGCAGCGGCGAGCAACAACACCAAAAACAAAGUCACUCGUCCUCCAAAUAAGUCCGACCGCGAAAGUACUGAGCUAACGAGUUUGUUGCUUACACAGAUAAAGGCACUUGGUGUUACUCUCCCUACAAGAGGCUUCCCCCGAGGUCCUGAUGUGCCUGCUGUGUUUGAAAAACAUAAGUUCAUGCUAGGCUUUGAUGGCAUGAAAACUGCUGGUCGACGAAAUUGGCUUCAGGACAUCAAGAAUCAGAAGUUCCUUAUGGUCAUGAAAGGAACACCUGUGAUUUCGCCUUGGAAAGUUUUUGAGAACGAUGAUGAUGAUAGUAAUGGUGGAGGUGGUGGACCCGGUGGUGAAGGUGGCGAAGGUGGUGGACCCGGUGGUGAUGGUAAUGAAGGUGUUGGACCCGGUGGUGAAGGUGGUGAAGGUGGUGGACCCGGUGGUGAAGGUGGUGAAGGUGUUGGACCCGGUGGUGAAGGUGGUGAAGGUGGUGAAGGUGGUGGUCCCAGUGGUGAUGGUGGUGAUGGUGUUGGUGAUGGUGGUGAUGGUGGUGAUGGUGGUGGAACCGGUGGUGAUGGUGGUGAAGGUGGUAGUGGUGGUGGUGAAGGUGUUGGACCCGGUAGUUGUGGAGUCAUUUGA